UUUCCCUGUUUCACAAUGGAAAUCAUAAAUGCAUCAAAGACCAAGAAGCUGAACUCACAGAUAACCUGCACAUCCUACUACGAUUUUCUCACCAAGGAACAUGCCUCCCUGGAGGCGAUGAACUGCAUGGAUAUUCAGCGCGAUCCUUCUAGCGAAUCGGGAAUAGAAGACCCACUCGGGUCGGUCAUGGAGAGUGCGAAGUACUACGAUGUGGAUGACAAUGCGACGGAAUGGUAUCUGGGUACCCGGGCUUUAUCAGCCAAAAAUCCGUUGGUAUGCCAACGGCAACGGAGACUCAAGGCGACCUCUUACUCUGUCCCUGGACGACGUGUAUCCCCGGAGUUCCUAAGCCUUCUCAAGCAACACCAUACCAGGAUGCGAGGGCAUAUGAUGUGCAAGUGCAAGCGCCCCAAGGUGAGCUUUUCCUACUACAAAUACGAUCCGGCGGGCAAGAGACGUCAUAUGCGUCCGGGCAUUGAUACCGCAGCCCCCUUAGAAUUCCCAUAUCCCAUGGAAAAGAAUGACCUGGAGUAUCGCAGGCGCCUCUUACGGGGACAGGAGUUAGAUUUUAGUCCUUCUGCUCCAUUUUCAUUUGGGCCCAAGCGUUCCAAGAAGCGCAGGGUCCGGCAUACCAGAGAUAAAUGGAAUCAGAAUAAGUAUAUGAACCCAAAUGACCUAACGUGGCUGUAUGUUGAUAACUUGGAGUUGCCCUCUACCACAGAGGAAGCCAGAGAAUCUAGUUGCAGCCCCAGCCAGAAGGACUUAAAUAAUAAGAAUAAUUGUCAGGAAAAUAUAGAAACGAAAACUUCCAAUCCUUCGGAUGCCAAGCCGGCCCACAAACCUCCCAAGAUGAAAACAUUCAUCGACCGGCUAACAAAAUGUACUUGCCCUUCAGGUCAAGGGGUAGUUCCGUCGACUCGUAGGAACAGAAGACACAGGGAUCCUCGUCUCAUGGACUACUUUAAAAGUGCAUUCCUCAAGGUCUUCCAAGGAUGCAGUGGCGAGGUAUGUCCACGGAAUGAGGGUUCUAACCAAAGCAGAUGCAGUCAGUGCUUCAGCGCUGAAAAUAAUUCCUUCGGGGAAACGGUAUUGGAUGGUUGUAUGUGUCAAAAGAACUCGGUAAAUAGCUCCCAAAGAACCGAUCUAAGAGACAAUAACAGCAGGGGAAUUCUUCGCAAUAGAUCAAGUUCCAAAGCAUCCGCUUUAAAUUCAGACUUUCGCCAAAAGAAGAAGGUAAGCAUUGCAAAUUGCAAGUGUCGGAGACAGAAAUUACCAGAAACAAGCCCAAACGGGUCAAAUAUAAAUCCAAUUAUAACAGAACAAGAAUACUCAAGAUUAGCAGAAACAGAGAAAGAAAACCCUAACUUUAGCGGCAAUAGUCCGGAUAAUAGUGAAAUACCUUAUCCAUGUAAGGGACACUCAUGUAGCAUGAACGUUCCUAAACCCAGUUCUGGUCAACAUUUAAAGACAAAGCAAUCCAAUAUGGAAAACCCAGACAAGUUUUCCAAUACCAGAAAAUUUGAAAAGCCAAAAAGGAAAACCGAAGUUCGAAAGGCUUGUCUAUUUUCCAAGGUGAAGCAACGAGUACCUCCAAAAGAAGAUCAGAACUUUAAUCAAGAGAAAACUUGCAAGUGUCAGACCCACAAAUAUUGGGAAGAAACAAACCCACACGGGUCUGAAGACAAUCCGGAGGUUACGGAAGAUCAGAACCAUUCGGACUUUUAUCAACAGAAGAUUUGCAAGUGUCAGACCAACAAAUAUUGGACAGAAACAAACCCAUACUGGUCCGAAAUGAAUAUGGAGAAUACGGAACAAAGAAAAUCAAGAUCGGCGGAAAGAGAGGAGGAAAAAGGCAUGGAAAACUCCAGACAAUCCGAGAAACCUAACUUUAGCGGCAAUAGUCAGGAUAAUAAUAAAAAACCCGUGCCCUGUAAAGGUUGCUCAUGCACCCAGACCGACCAAUCGAAGUUUGACAAUCCUCCCAAUAGCAGAAAUAUCGAGGAGCCAAAAGUUAACUCUGGGAUUCAAAAUGCUUGUCCAUGUUAUGGGGCGAAGCAACUAGUACCUCUAAAUGAAGAUCAUAACUAUUGGUACUGUCGUCAAGAAAAUUCUGCUAAGGGUUUGACCCAGACAAAACUGACAAAUACUAACCCUAGCAGUUCGAAAAUAAUUCCGAAGAUUACAGAACAAGAGGAGUUACGAUUAUCGGGAAAAGAGAUUAAAAAACCCAAAUUUUGCAGCAAUAGACCGGACAAUAGUGGAAGACCUUUGCGCUGUAAGAAGUCCUCAUGCACCCGGAAUGUUGCUGAGCCCAGUUGUAGUUUCCAUUUAAAGAGCAGCCAAUCCAAGAAGAUACAUCUGGACAACCCUUUCAACAGCACAAAAGUGCAGAGGUCACAAGUAACUCCAAAUGUUGAUCCUAAACGUAAUAAAAAUAGGAUCCCAGCUAAGCCUGCAGUAACCAGAAGAUUUGUUAAAAAUGAGCAGGUCAGAAAAUGUGUGACACACUGUCCUAGAGAUUGCAAAGUAACUGAUAGAAACGUCUGCCUGGAAGUUCAUCGAAAUUUAAUGAGGUGUCCAAGCAAACCUAUUCCUAUCCGAUGCGAUCCAAUCACGAAAAAAUGUGUCCCUUUUCCGCACUCAUCCGGGAACGAACGAACUGACUUCUUAAGAUGGCUAUAUACAAGACCAAAUUCGGGAAGGAGCAAGAGGUAUACUAAAACCAGGAAAACUCCACGUAAGGGUUUGAGUUGUGAUCCAUGCAGAGUCCAACAGCAGCGUUCUUCCUGCGUCCAGCAGGAAACCCAAAAAGGAUCGUGGGAAAGAAGUGAGUCAUGUAGUAGGUGUCCUUUGUGUUCGUCCGUGAUUCAACCAAGAUGCCAAGAAAACCCCCAACGAUGUUGUCCUCAUAGGAAGCGUUGGCAUUGUAAAGAAACAUGCCAAGAAAACAUCCAAGGAUCUUUUCCCUGGUCUUGUCAGCAAACUAGAUAUGCGUCCACCGUUUCCAGGUAUUGUGGGUUGGGAAGAAUACGGGGAGGUAUCGAUUUUCAAAAGGAUGAUGUCGAAUUUAUUCCAAGAAGAAAACGAGACGUCUCGCACAGCUUUUCAACUAACCUGACUUCCGAGAAGCAAGUAAAAUACAGAAAGCCUCGGAAGUGGUCAAUGCAUGCCUUUAGUUUCGAUUAGAACCAGAUCCGUUUCUGGACAAAGAGACUGGCUGUCAGGUGGGAGUACCACCUUU